AGCUUCUGUUGAAGGUUGGUCUCAUUCUCAACUCUGAAACAUCAACAGCAGCAGAUGAUCUUUAAGGAUGGAGGAAGAAAUACAUUAUUCAACUCUGGUUUUUAACAAAAAUGCGUCACCUUCAAAAGAGGAAAAAGAGGAUGUUACAGUUUAUUCUGGGGUAAAAUUUGCAGAGCCUGUGACUACUGAACCAAAGGAAAACAAGGACCCGACUACUACUUCAGAGUUCAAAGCAAAAGAGCCUGAAGCUACUGUAUCAAGUAAAUUUGCAGAAAUUGAACCGGUUGCAGACUCUCACUCUCGCACUCAUCUCUUGCCGAUGUGUUUGGGGAUACUUUGCAUCAUCCUGUUGGCGAGCAUUAUCGGCCUCAUCGUCUACAUCACCACAGUAACGAACAAACUGGAAGCAAACCUCAGCAACCUCAAAGGACAAAAUGAGCAGCUAAUGAUGGAAAAGAGAGUCUUAGAAAAUCUGACUGAGCAGGUCACAGUGAAGAUGAAAAUGUUUGAGAACCAGACUGAGCAGCUAAUGAUGGAAAAGAGAAUAUUGUUGAAUCAGACUGAGCAGCUAACGAUGGAAAAGAGAAUAUUGUUGAAUCAGACUGAGCAGCUAACGAUGGAAAAGAGAGUCUUAGAAAAUCUGACUGAGCAGGUCACAGUGAAGAUGAAAAUGUUUGAGAACCGGACUGAGCAGCUAAUGAUGGAAAAGAGAAUAUUGUUGAAUCAGACUGAGCAGCUAACGAUGGAAAAGAGAAUAUUGUUGAAUCAGACUGAGCAGCUAAUGUUGGAAAAGAGAAUAUUGUUGAAUCAGACUGAGCAGCUAACGAUGGAAAAGAGAAUAUUGUUGAAUCAGACUGAGCAGCUAACGAUGGAAAAGAGAAUAUUGUUGAAUCAGACUGAGCAACUAACGAUGGAAAAGAGAGUCUUAGAAAAUCUGACUGAGCAGGUCACAGUGAAGAUGAAAAUGUUUGAGAAUCAGACUGAGCAGUUAAUGAUGGAAAAGAGAAGACUGCAGAAUCAGACCGAGCAGCUGAGCAGAGACCGAGACGACCUCAACUGGACACUGGGAGUCAUCCUGACAUUCAACAACUUUCCAGUAAACGAAUUUUGCCCGAACAAAAAUUGUCAGUCGUGUCGCACCAGCUGGAUUCAGUACCAGAAAAAGUGCUACCUGUUUUAUGAAGACAGUUCUUGGAUGACAUGGAAUGACAGUCGACAGUACUGCAAAGAUAAAAAUGCAGAUCUGGUUGUUAUUGAUGACCUGCAGGAACAGAAAUUCAUCGGUCAAAACACGAAGUACUACUUUGACGAGUAUCACGGAUACUGGAUGGGGCUGCAGAAUAAUGGCACCACAUGGGUCUGGAUUGAUGGACACAAGGACACACUUCAGUACUGGAAGAAUUUGUUCAAUUCAACACUUUAUGCACUGACGAUGCCUGGAAACAAUCCCCAACAGAGCUGGAACUCAGGAAUUAAUUAUUUUCUGAACAAAUUCAUCUGUGAAGACGACGUCCUGAUAAGGUCCAAUUAGCUAACACUGUGUUUGUAUUCUUCCUCUUCAUGUUACACCAAAAUAUAACUUUCUGAAUCAUCAGUUUUAGACAGUAAAAAACUUUAAAACAAAUAUGUAAGGAUGCUUUUUAGAAAACCCAUUUUAUAUAUUCUAUAGAAGUAGGCUACAAGUCCAUUUACUACUUACAAGAAGACAAAACAGAGUAAAAUAAUGUGACGACUCAGCUGUUUCUUUUCUUAUAAAAGCUUUUUAAUAGAGGCCUUUAGAUUUGCUUUGCUUGUUAAUUAAAAACCAGCUUCUGUUCUCUUAGUGUGAAACUAGUUGAUUUUUUUCAUUUAAGAAACGUUUUUUGAGGGACAAAAUCCUCACAGGACAAAGAGAAGAAAAUGAUCACAUGUUUUCACUUUCUUUUUGAACAAAUAAAACACUAAAUAUCUUGAAAUUGUUGUAAUAAAAAGAUUUUAUCAGCUCUGUAUUAAAUAGAUUGAAGUUCCAGAUCAGUUCUUUUGGUUAAAACUACUUUAAGGACUGCAGGACUUCUGUAAUUCAGUCCAACGGGGACAAAGUUUGGAGUCCGAUCAACAUUGAGGAAACAAUCCCUUUACACACUAUAAGAAAUCUGUAGAACAACAAUCAAUUCAUGAGGUAAUCUGAUUUUAUUCUACAUUAAGACCCUGAAGGAAUCAGGAGAUUCUCUGUUAAUGAUCUGUGCCGCCAGCUUUUCAGUCCAAAGAUUCUGUUCAAUGA